UUUAAUUUUUUUUUCUUGAAAUGUUUUUCCGCAACAAUACAUCAGUAAAUAUAUUUAUUGUAUUAAAAACUUGCAAGAAGAUACCUGUGAACAGUGCGUUUAAAAGUACUAGUCUACAAUUUAUGAGAGAAAAGAGCGCAUGCGUAGCACAUAGACUGGUUGUCCGGAAUGAUUUUGGAGACGGACCAACGGAGACGGAUCUUACGCAGAGGAGGGAGGAGCCAGAGCUAAAACACGAAAAUUAUUAAUGAUAACAUAUUUAAAAAUUUGCAGCGAAAGGGUUGCCGUGGAAGACUUGCCAUGUGAAGAGGUGGAGUGAGUUGCAGCAGGAUGGUUACAUUUGCAUUCAGCAUUCUGUAAGUGUACUGAGAUGUGGAUGAACUCCUCCCUACAUGUGAAAACGGCUAUCAAGAUGCAUCUCUUUCAGUAUCACUGAUAGAUUUACCAUGACACACACACACACAGGGUUAUGACAGCUGCAGCAUCUCUAGAUACUAUAGCUUCUCAGAAGAAUCCAGUGAUGAGGAUGAUUCCAUAAUGUCACUGGCAGUUAUAAGUGAGGACAGCUGUGUGUGUGGAGAGAACUUUGCUGGAAACACUUACACUUGAAGAAUGUGCAUCUAAAGAACCAUCUUCUCUGUAAAAUCUGUGGAGUCCUCUUUAAGCGCUCAUGGCAUCUGAAUGAACAUUUAGAGAAGCAUCUUCAAGAAAUAAUGCUCAAACUGCAGGUUAAGGAGGACAUGGAGCCAGCAGAGUUAAAAUCUGUUGUUAAAAUGGAGGAGUCCAAAAAAAUCAGAAUGAAAGAAACCAUAAGCAAGAAUGAUUUGAGCACAGGACUCUUGUUGGAUCAUACAUAUUGUGCCGCAAUACACCCCAUUGUCCCUCUCAGACUAAAUGCUGGAGAUCAUACUUACAGUGGCACUGGGAAUUGCAUUAACAAUUAUACAAACAUCAUUAAUCAAAGCUCACAAUUGGCCAAUAUUAAAAUAGAAAUCGAAAGAUUACCACCAGACUCUUUACCUGUGAGUGCUCAGCAGAGUGAAGCCAACAUUUUUAUGCUUCAACUAAGAUCUCAAAAAGGAGAGAAGAGUGGCUCAUCUAAUUUGUCAAAUCUGGAUGUGAAGAUAGAGAAUGACAAUAUGGAUUGUCUUGUGGAAUGUGGACUUAAUGAGAAGAUGGUGGUAGACAGAAAAUUUGAUUCAGAGGAUGAAGAAAGUACUGAGACCAGUAACGAUGAAGACGGUGAUUCUCUACCUGCUGGUGAUACAGAAUACAGCCCGGAUGAAGACCUUAACUCUGACUUGCAAUAUUCUACAGGUACCGACAUUGAUGAAUCAAUAAGGAAAAGAUCUCAUGCAAAUCACAGUUUGUAUCCAGCAUCACUUGCAUCUACAUUGAAAGCUGGAUUUCAAGCUGAUUCUCUUAUCAGUAUGAAGAUGCAAACGAAGGAUUGCAAAAAUAAGGCAACAUUUGCUUGUUGUCUCUGCCAGGUGAUAUGUGAGAAUAAGGAUGUACUGCUGAAACACAUAGCUAAAGAUCAUCCCGCAGCUAAAUUUAUCUGUGCAUACUGCCUCAACAUAUUCUCCAAAGAGGACACUUUCAGAUAUCAUGUCUGCAGCAGACCUACAAGCUACAUGAGCUUUUUGCCAGACAUCCCAUUUACCCAGGUACCUGUUGUACCUUUAUCUGAUCCUGAAAAGCAAUGCUCCAUCAGUCGCAGCAGUCAGAGACUACUUCCCACCCCCAUCCUGGGCACUAACUGUAACACAAUUAAAAUGAUCACAUUACCUAAGACUUUCAAUAAAGUAUCCAAGACCCCAUUACCUAAUCAGUGUGAUCCUCCUCUGUCCUUGACCACCUUUAAGUCAACUAAUACUCACACUUCACCACAAAUCUCACAAUUUCACAAUAAUACAAACAACUUUAAUCAAGGAUCUCACUUGCCCAACAUUAAAACGGAGAACAAAAGAUUACCUCUAGACUCUUUACCUGAGAGUGAAGCCAACAUUUUUACACAUCACCAAGGAAUUUGGAGAGGAGAGAACGUUGGUUCAUCCAUAAUGUCAAAUCAGCAUGUGAAGGUAGAGAAUGACAAAGAGUAUGGUCUUUUGGAAUGUGGACCUAACGAGGAGGAGGUGGUAGAAGGGGAAUAUGAGAUUACAGAGGAUGGAGAAAGUACUGAGACCAAUAACGAGGAAGACAGUGAUUCUCUACCUGCUGGUGAUACAGAAUACAGCCCAGAUGAAGACCUUAGCUCAGACUCGCAAUAUUCUACAGGUACCAACAAUGAUGAAUCAAUAAGGAAAAGGUCACAGGCAAAUUACUGUAUGGAUCCUGAGUCACUUACGUCUAGAGGGAAAGUUGGGUUUCAGGCCGAUUCUCUCGUCAGCAUAGAGACACGCAUGGAGGACUGCAAAAAUAAGGCAACGUUUGCUUGUUGUCUCUGCCAGGUGAUAUGUGAGAAUAAGGAUGUACUGCUGAAACACAUAGCUAAAGAUCAUCCCGCAGCUAAAUUUAUCUGUGCAUACUGCCUCAACAUAUUCUCCAAAGAGGACACUUUCAGAUAUCAUGUCUGCAGCAGACCUACAGGCUAUAUGAGCUUUUUGCCAGACACCCCAUUUACCCAGGUACCUGUUGUACCUUUAUCUGAUCCUGAAAAGCAACGCUCCAUCAAUCGCAGCAGUCAGAGACUACUUCCCACCCCCAUCCUGGGCACUAACUGUAACACAAUUAAAAUGAUCACAUUACCUAAGACUUUCGAUAAAGUAUCCAAGACCCCAAUAUCUAAUCAGUGCAGUCCUCUGUCCUCGACCCCCGCGAUGUCAACCAAUGCUCACUCUUCACAGCAAAUCUUACAAUUUCAGAAUUAUACAAACACCUUUAAUCAAGGAUCACGCUUGCCUAACAUUAAAACAGAGAACGAAAGAUUACCUCUAGACUCUUUACCUGAGAGUGAAGCCAACAUUUUUACACAUCACCCGGGAACUUGGAGAGGAGAGAACAGUGGUUCAUCCAUAUUGUCAAAUCAGCAUGUGAAGGUUGAGAAUGACAAUGAGGAUGGUCUUGUGGAAUGUGGACCUUAUGAAGAGGUGGUGGUAGAUGGGGAAUUUAAGAUGACAGUGGAUAAAGAAAGUACUAAGAGUGGUACCGAGGCAGACAGUGACUCUUUACCCCCUGGUAAUACAGUAUACCAUGCUGGUGAAGACUUUAGCUCGGACUCGCAAUAUUCCACAGGUUCCAACAAUGAUGAAUCAAUAAAAAAAAUAUUUCAUGCAAAUUACAGUAUGAAUCCGGAGAUAUUUACAUCCACAGCGAAAGUUAAUUUUCAGGCUGAUUCUUCCAUUUGCUGCAAUGGCAAAUUAGUCAAUAUGGAGAAACACAUGAAGGAUUGCAAAAAUAAUCCCACUUUUGCUUGCUGUCUCUGCCAGAUGGUAUGUGAGAAUGAGGGUUUACUGCUGAAACACACAGCUGAAGAUCAUCCCUCUGCUAUUUUUAUCUGUGCAUACUGCCUCAACAUGUUCUCCAAAGAAGACACUUUCAGAAAUCAUGUCUGCAGCAGACUUACAGGCUACGCAAGAUUUUUGCCAGCCACACCAGUAACUCCAGUACCUGUUGUGCCUUCUGUGUGCCUAUCUGAUCCUGCAAAGCAACUCUCCACCAAGAGAACUCCACCUUCCGCCCCUAUCCUGGGCACUAACUGUACCACAAUUAGAAUGAUCAAUUCAACUAAGACUUUCAAUAAAGUAUCCAUGACCCCAUUACCUAAUCAGAGUGGCCCUCAUCUGUCCUUGAACACCUUGACAUCAACCAAUGCUCACUCUACUCAAAUCUCAGAAGUAGUCCUUCCCAUAAAACCUGUUGCUACACUUAGUCAAACUGUUGACCAAACUAAGAUGGUACUGCUGCAGACGACUGCCCUAACACAGGCCAAGAUAGUGAGGGACAUUUCUCCUUUGUCCCCAGCUAAGUUGAAUCCACAAGGUGUGGCUGUACCACAAAGUCUUUUCAGGCCCCCUUGCCCUCGUGGUGCUUCUGUUGUUUGCCCUAAUGUUCCUGUCUGUUCACCCUGUGUUGUGCAUCCAACCAAUCCUUCCCUGUCCAACCAAACCAGGAUGACCCUUAGAAUUCCAACACCUUCCAAUCCAUCUUUUCCAACUAAAGUUUUUGUAUCCUUUUCACCCACUGUGAAUUUCUCUGCUCCUGUUUUAGUACAAGCCAACAGAAAUAAGCCAAGACUGGACCUAAAACAAACACCUGCAGCUAAUGUUAGACCUCUUCAGUUACCUGCUAAAGCCCCUUUGGCAACCCCAGUGUCCUGUCCCACCAUGGUAAGUACCAUCGUCCAAAACAACCAGCCUCAGAUUCCUCUGCAGACAUCUCCUGUCCAGAUUCAGAUUCCUACACCAGCCCCACUUGAAAUAGUGGCCAUGUUUUUGAACCAAAGCAAGGAUUUACCUCUGAAGAAGCAAUUUCAGCAAAGCUGGCGCUCUAAGACCAUCUUUCCCUGUCGGCAGUGUGGUGCUAUUUCAAGACAACUCUCGCUCAGGGUACGUCAUCGCUAUCUACAUCAGGGGUCACGGUUGUACAGAUGUCAGUGUGGGAAGUCAUUUCAACGGCAGCUACAUUUGCUGAGGCACCAGGUACAACAUGCAGAGUCUGUUCGAUUUGUUUGUGCACGGUGUGGAAAUACCUUUGAUGGGGCACAUAAAUUGACUUUGCACAAACAAAGGUUACAUCGAAAACAUAAAACAACAAAUGGCAGACAGUAUGCCAAGAAAAAAUGCACAGCAGCCUUUGACUGUAUCUGUGGCCAGGAGUUUGCAAGGCCCUCUGCUCUACUCUGGCAUAUGCUUAAAAAUGCUAAACCCUUAAAACACAAACACAAAAUUGACAGUGGCUUAAAUUAACCUGUCUCUGCUGUUUGAACAUUUGUAAAUGUGACCUACUGGAGGUUAAUAUAUUUCUGUAUAUCAGUGAGAUCACUCCUGUUUGUGGCAAAGGAAAUUCCUUCAAUUGCUCUCUUUGGAGUGACAAAAGAAAUAAUCACAUAGAAUUGAUAUUUUGUGUCUCACUAUGUGUGAUUCUAUUUUUUGUACCUUUAUACAAUGUUUACAUUAUGUUCUCAUGGUGGUGGGUCUGAUAAAGCUGUUUUUGUAGACUUGUGUAGAUUUAAAAGAAAAGACAGAGGCUGGAGGUCAAAUCCAUAGUGGCAUAAACAGUGACACUUUAACUCCAAAGAUAAAAUAUACGCUUUUAUUUUGUAUAAGACUACUAUUAACGGGCUAUUAGCUCAAGCAGUUGUGGAGAUUGCUAUAACAUAAAUCUACAUAUUGUUGAGAUCUAGGUUUGUUUUCUCUCUGUUAACAUUUAGGAGAUACAGUAGAUGCUAAUACUUCAGGAAUGGGCUCACUAAUUGAGUUUUUAGGCAAGCUCUCAUUUAUUAAUAAUGACCAAAAUGAAAACAACACAAUGUUUUCUGUUUGAGUUUUUCAUUUCUGUGAAUAAAGAACUCUA